UAAGUCAAUCUAACCUCAAAUAUUGUACGUUUACUAUGUUUGCCGGACGUGUAGAAGAAAACCGAAAAAAGUAAAGUGUAUGGUCUGUUUCAAAACUAUUAACUAAUAUUGUGCUAUUGUAGUGACUUUAUAACAAACAGUAUAUAUUUAAACUGUUUUUGAUAAAUUGUAAUCAUUACAACUUAAAAACAUAACUACCUAGGAACACUACGUUCACAAUGGAUAUUAGACCAAACAAUACAAUUUAUAUUAAUAAUUUGAACGAGAAAAUAAAAAAAGACGAACUGAAAAAAUCGCUUUACGCUAUAUUUUCUCAAUUUGGCCAAAUACUGGAUAUCGUUGCGUUAAAAACGUUAAAAAUGCGAGGGCAAGCUUUUGUGAUAUUCAAGGAAAUUCAAAGUGCUACCAAUGCUUUAAGAUCGAUGCAGGGUUUUCCUUUUUAUGAAAAACCUAUGAGAAUACAAUAUGCAAAGGUAGACUCUGACAUAAUAGCAAAGAUAAAGGGCACAUUUGCUGAAAGACCGAAAAAAGUAAGACCUAUACCUUCACGAGAAGAAGAUGCACCAAAGAAAAAGAAGAAAAAUAAGGACCCCAACAGAAUACCUGGUGGAAGUAAUGCAGAACAGCCACCAAAUCAAAUUCUAUUCCUCACAAAUCUUCCAGAUGAGACAAGUGAAAUGAUGCUGUCCAUGUUAUUCAAUCAGUUUCCUGGCUUUAAGGAGGUUCGUUUAGUACCUAACAGACAUGACAUAGCAUUUGUCGAGUUUGAAAAUGAACUACAGUCAGGGGCUGCUAAAGAUGCCCUUCAAGGAUUCAAAAUCACUCCUACACAUGCCAUGAAGAUAUCAUUCGCAAAGAAAUAAAAAAAUAUAAUUAAGGUAACUUUCAAUCUGUAAGAUUAUAUAAUUAAGAUCAUUUCUGAGAAAUAGAUAACUUUUGUAUUAAUAUAGUAA